AUGAGUGGAGUGGUCCAGCGGCGUGUGGUAUCUAAGGAUGGUCAUAACAACGUGCAUAUCGACAAUGUCGAGGGAAUGGUGAAGCUUUACCUGCACGACAUCUGGACCACUGUGGUGGACAUAAAGUGGCGCUAUAAGCUCACUCUGUUUGUGUCCACUUUCCUCACCACAUGGUUCGUCUUCGGGGUCAUCUUCUACCUCAUCGCCAUGGGCAACGGUGACCUGGAUGUUGUGCAGCCCUCCAACCACACGCCUUGUGUAAUGAAUGUAGCCACGAUUACCGGGGCAUACCUUUUCUCCCUGGAGUCUCAGACCACCAUCGGCUACGGUUUACGCCACAUCUCGGAGGAGUGUCCACUGGCCAUUUUCACCCUGGUGGCACAACUGGUGCUCACCGGCCUGGCUGAGAUCUUCAUCACCGGCGCCUUUCUGGCUAAGCUGGCACGACCCAAAAAGCGUGCCGAGACGGUCAAAUUCAGCAAGUUAGCUCUGGUUUGCAGGCACAAGGGCCAGCUGUGUGUGAUGGUGCGUGUGGCCAACAUGAGGAAGAGCCCACUGAUCCAGUGCCAGCUCUCAGGCAAGCUGCUGUAUCCUUACGUCACCGAAGAGGGAGAGAAGAUCCAGCUACACCAGGAAUCUGUCGACUUCCGCUUCGACUCCAGUGACCAGUGCCCCUUCCUUGUGCUGCCUCUUACCUUCUACCACGUUCUGGAUGAAAGCAGCCCUCUAGUCGACCUCACUGCUGAGAACUUAAAAGUCAGAGACUUCGAGCUGGUCGUCACUCUCAAUGCCACCAUGGAGUCCACGGCCUCCACCUGCCAGAGCCGCACCUCCUACGUUCCAAAAGAGUUUGUCUGGGGCUUUGAGUUUAAGCACAUGCUCUUCAGUACUCCUGGGGGUCGGUACAUCACAGACUUUGAAUACUUUGAUGAAGUCCAGCCCAGCAAUGACCUCUUGCUACACCAGUCACCAGCCAAUGAGAAGCUCCAGUUGGAGGAUGAGUACAACAGAAAAUAAGCGGGUGUGAUUUUAAAUAAUUAAACAAAAUCUCAAAAUAUCAAGUCACCUUAACAUACAAUAUAUGGCCAAAAGUAUUCGGACACCUGAUAAUGAGCCUGUUGGACAUUCCAUUGCACAAACAAAUGGUAAUAAAACAAAGUGACCCUUGUGUGAUCUUUCCAGCUAUAACAACAGCUGCUCUUUUGAGAAGGUUUCUCACAAGACUUUGAAACAUGUCUGUGCGAAUCUGUGCCCAUGCAACCAAAUGAAAAGGACAAUAAAGCCUUAGUUGAUGUUCUAGUUCAUUCCAGGGCUCUGUGCAGGCCACCCACUCACUUUCUUAACCGCUUAUCCAAUCAGUUUCAGCUUUUCAAUGGGCACAAGGCACACAGUACCCUGGAUGGGGCACCAGUCCAUCACAGGGUAGACACACACACCCAUUUACCUAUAGGAUAAUUCAGCAUCUCCAAUUAACCUGAAUGCCUGUUUUUGUGGGAGGAAAUCCAAGUGACACGGGGAGAAAAUGCAAACUCCUCACAGAAAGGACUUUAAACUGAGCUUUUCUUAAUGUCAUUAUAGACCAAUUAUAUAAAGGUGGGGCCUUCCCCAAUCUGUUGCUGCAAUAUAGGCUGCAUAUAAUUUCCUUUUACAUUUUCAGCAUUUAGCAGACGCCUUUAUCCAAGGCGACUAACAUUACAGUAUACAGUUUAAGCAAUUGAGGGUUAAGGGCCUUGCUCAAGGGCCCAACAGCAGCAACCUGACAGUGGUGGGACUUGAACCAGCGACCUUUUGAUUACUAGUCCAGUACCUUAACCACUAGGCUACGGCUUGCCUGUAAUUUCCUUAAUAUCAUUGUUUUGUUGCAACUGAUGAAACACAUGAAUUCAGUAAUUAGAAAGGGUGUCCCAAUGCUUUUGUACAUACAGUGUAAGUGUUUGCACUAAACCACUUUGUAAUUAUUCAUGUUAUGUAUUUGAUUGAUGUUAUAGAACCAGACUAGUGCUAUAUUUUCAGCAUAUAUUUUGUAACUAAAGCAAUUCAGAUGUAAAUAAAGCAUCUUUAACGUGUUCAGGUCCAAACUUUUAUUUAAUGUAGUAUUUUUCACUACAAAACAAUC